AUGAGGAAGAAGCGACAGCAAGAAGAAAUGAACCAGCAGCAACAACAACAAUUGGCUCUCCAAGAACCCUUUUAUGUGCGAGCUAAUGCCUCAAAUUAUCCGAGUUCUGUGGAAAUAAAAGCCAGUCCAAAGGAUGAAGUGUCAAGUCUCGGCUCCGGCGACAGACCUAAUGUUACUAUUUUCGCUCCAAUCAGCAUUUGUCUUGGAGCAAUGCUUUGUUAUAUUGUCGCCGGGGCUUUUACUCUGUACAAAUUGGAGGGCUGGAGUUUUUUAGAUGCAAGUUACUUCUGCUUUAUGAGCUUGAGUACAAUAGGAUUCGGCGACAUGGUACCUGGCCUGUAUCUCCGACACAAUACAAUGGAUUCAAAAAACUUAACCUUAUGGUUUUGCUCCUGCUACAUAAUGUCUGGAAUGGCAUUGACGGCAAUGUGCUUCAACAUACUUCACGAUGAAAUAGUCCAUCGGUUAGCUCACCAAAACGAGAAAAGCGAAUCUGUUAAACCAAGUUCAAGCAUCGACGAGUUAGCGACAGAUCCAUUCGCCCUCACGUCGUGA